UUCCACCUUUCUGAGACCUUGCCUGUUCCCUACAGUGUCCCCUGUGGCAAUACCAAACUUCCCAGGAAGUAAAGGAUGGAAUGGUGUCUCCUCCUUACACUACAGGCUCCUGCCAUUCAGCUCACUUUGCCUAUCACUCCACAAUGGAACAUCCUCAAUACUCAGACACAUCCUUUUCUUUGUUGGAAUCAGGCUAUGUUCUAGAACCUCGCCAUCUCCAAUGCCUCCCUCACUCUGGAAUACACUGCUGUUUCUGCCAGAACCCCCUAGAAUGGCAGCAUGUUGCUGCCCCUGGACAGUGACCACUUGCUCCAGUUCCUGGGCCUGACUUGAGUCCAGGCUGUGACCAGGAUGAGGUGGCGGGACCGAUUAGCUGUAUUAUUCUUCCCUCCAGGCAUGAUGCUCACUGUAGCUGCACUCAUGCUCUUCUUCAUACACAUGGGUGUCUUUGCUAGUGAUGUUCACAACUUUUGUGUCACCCACCACUAUGACUUCAUGAGCUUCCGAUACACAGUUGUCCUGACAGUAGGUCUGGGAUGGGGGCUCCAGGGCUGCCUGGGGAACGCCAAGGGGCUGAUGAGAGUGUCAGCUGUGUCAGGAGGCCACUCUCCCACUGGAUCCAUCUCCCAGUUAUCCCAGGUGAUCAGCAUCUGCUGGGCUGCCAUGGGGUCACUCUACGCAGAGAUGACUGGUGACAAGUUUCUUCGAUGCUUUGCUCUGACCAUCCUGAUGCUCAAUGGAGCCAUGUUCUUCAACCGCAUAACCCUGGAGUUUCUGGCCAUCAAUUACCGAGAAGAGAGCCACUGAGGCCUGGAGAUUGGGGACAGGGCUGAAAAGGAAGAUGGAAAAAGCUGCUUCCGGUAUUUUAAUAAAGCCUGUUGUUUAUUU